UUUAAGCACUUCUUCGUUUUUAAAUCCACGAAAUCCUAUAAACGCAAAGGGCUAUUAGUCAACCUCGUAGUGGUACUGGUACUGUUGUCGGAUCGAAAACCCUAAAUUGAAUUCGAAUCAACAACAUGCAGCAGGGAGGAGGCUCGGAGACGGAAGUGACAUGGGAGGACCAGCAGAACAUCAACAAAUUCGGAAGGUUGAACAAUCGCUUUCACGAGCUUGAGGAUGAGAUCAAAAUCGCUAAGGAAACAAACGAUAAUUUGGAGGAUGCAAGCAACGAGUUGAUUCUCACAGAUGAAGAGGUCGUUCGGUUUCAAAUAGGAGAGGUUUUUGCUCAUGUGCCAAAGGACGAAGUUGAGAACAGGAUAGAACAGAUAAAAGAGGUGACAAGCCAAAAAUUAGAAAAACUUGAAGAGGAGAAAGAAUCUGUGCUUGCUCAGAUGGCUGAACUCAAGAAAAUUUUAUAUGCGAAGUUCAAUGACUCGAUCAAUCUUGAGGAGGAUUAGUAACUUCUUGUUGAUAGAUUUCUAGUUGUUGUUUUCUUGUUAAUAUGACCUAAUGGACCUUUGGCAUUUUUGAGUCACUGCCUAUUUUCUUUCAAUUUUAGAAUGUAUGUUAUCUUGCUUGAACCUCUUUAUUCUGUGUGAAUUUCAUUUUCCAUUUAUUGUA